AUUGCAGGCAGAGUGGUCAGUGCCUCCGGGUAGGGGUGUUGGUUCAGCCCCCAGACCCUGCACUAGGCCUCAGAGCCCCUGUUCAGAAGGAGAAGGCUUGGGGACAGCAGGGUGCUGGGAAGCUGAACUUAGUGACCCGAUGCCAGGUCGGGAGCUGGCCCCUGAGCUCUGCCUGUGCCCCCGACGCUCAGCUCAGGUGUCACAGCCAGCAGCACAUCACUGGCCUGCCCAGCAGCCAGGGUAAUGAACAGCCCCCUGCCCGGGGACCCUCACCUGCCCGGGUGUUCACGUCCUGCUUGGCUUAAGGCUACUCCAUCUCUCAAAACUAACAAACUGAAAUCCAAAGUGAUUUUCCUUUUACCCAGGGAACUUUUAGAAUUUCUGAGAACAUGCCAAGUCAGUGAGCGUGUGUGGAAGUGUUUUGACAGACGCUCCCCAAACGCUCACCCAUGUGAGCCGUCGUCCGAACUCUCGCAGCAUUUUUGUCGUUUUCACACGGCGUCAGGUGGAGCUCCUGCCCGUGGUCACCUGCCCGGCUGGUGGUGGGCCUUCGGCUCCGGCUCCCUCGCACCUGCCGGGCACCGGUCAGGCCUCCGGCUGAUUCCCCAAGACGGAACGCAAGGGGGCGCAGGGGAGGACACCCCAGGGGCGGCCCCACUCACCGGCCCCGUUUCCCCAGUGAUCUGCUACCUGGCCACGUUCCAGCUGGAGGAACUCGGCUUUCAGCUCUUCUGUGACAUCGUCAGGUCCCAGCCCGUGGACAAGAUGCGCAAGUUCCUGGGGUUCUUCUUCAACCCCUUAAACCUGUGCUCAUGGAUCACAGAUGAGUGGAGCCUCAUCUACGAGACAGCCUAUGUGCGAGAGAACUGGAUCGGCCCCCUGAUGAGAUGGCAGCCGGAAGUCCAGAAGCUGAUCAACCAGCUAGAGGAAGUGUUGGCCAAUCGGUCCGUUGUUUCCAAGACCAAGGCCAAGGUCACAGAGCCCAAGGAGUUCAACCUGACUGUCCCCAGACCCCGCUCCAUUCCAGUGCCUGAGCCAGUCCCUGUCGUGGCCAAAUCCAAACCAGUCCCCAGGAGCACCUACCAGCCGCCCAAGGAGCAGCAGCUGCUGGAGACGACCAAGAGACACAAUCGCUGGAAGGCAGAGGAGCUGCUGCUCAGGGCGAACACGGAGGAGAUGCGGUGCGCGGUGCCCAGGUCCCGCGGGGAGCCCCCGACGCAGGUCUCCCAGAAGACUCUGCAGCCCCGACUCCUGCCCCGAAUCCUUAAGACUCCAAAGCUGACCUUCUACAAGACCAACAACGUCCCUGUGAAGCUCAACACAGCUGCCAUCCUGCGGGAAGGAUCUCUAUACCAGCGGCAGGUGGAGAAAGAGCUGGAGAGGGUGGAUAAGCUUGUGGACGGGGCCGGGGACUUCUCCGAGUUCCUCGAGUGGCAGAGGAAGGUGCAGGCGGAGGGCCGGGAGGAGCAGCUGGCCGCGAGCGAGUGCCACAGGCUGCAGGGGAAACUCAGCCACGAGGAGGCCAUCCUGGCCCGGCAGCGCCUGGUGCAAGGGAACAAGGAGAAGGCCGACCAGAAGAAGGAGGAGACGGCGGAGCUGAUGCAGCAGUGUGCUGAGAGGCGCCUCCAGGAGGAAAGGUCCAUGAAGGAGCUGGUGCGGCGGGUGGCGGAGGUGCAGAAGAACGUGAAGGUGGCACAGACGAAGCUCCUGAGGGGCCGGCAGCAGAUAGUCCAGGAGGUGAUAGAGGAGAGCCGGGAGCUGCUGCAGCGCAGCGCAGAGGCCGCGGGGGAGGAGCAGAAGCGGCGCCGUGAGCUUAUCUCUCAGCUGCGAGCCCUGGAGACACAGCCGGUGCGCCAGGGCAAGCUCGUGGACCUGACCCAGAUCCCUGGGUAUGGCCUGGAAGGGGAGAUGUCUGUGGUGGAGCUUCGCGAGCGGCUGGCCCUGCUCAAGGAGACCCGGAGGCGCGAGGAGGAAGAGAAGCGAGACCAGAUCAUCCAGGGCAAGCGCGCCAGAAGCCAGGAACUGCAGAACGUGGUGGAACAGAUCUCGCUGUGCCGCGCGGCCAUGGGGAGGUCUGCAGCCUUGAGAACCAUCUGGAAGGAGCUGCAGGAUUCAGACACUUCACUCCUAAACACUCCGGUGUGCAUCUUCUGAAAAAAAAUAUUGUCCUGCAUAACCACAGCAUACUGACACAACUAGAAAAUUAACAUCAUCUCAACAUCCUGUCCGUAUUCAUGUUUCUCUAGCAUCCCAAGGCUGUUCACUAUAACUUUUUAAAAUUUUUUAAAAGUUUAUUUUGAGAGAGAGAGUGUGUGCAUGCAUGCGUGCGAGUGAGUUGGAGGCAGAGAGGGGAGAGAGAAUCCCAAGCAGCGCCUGACGUGGGGCUCAGACUCACAAACUGUGAGAUCAUUGACCAGAGCUAAACCCAAGAGUCGAUACAGUCGACAGUCACAAAACUCAUCACUAUUGGGGUGCCUGGGUGGCUCACUCAAUUGAGUGUCUGACUUGAUUUUGGUUCGUGUUGUGAUCCCUGGGGGUUGGGAUCGAGCCCCGUAUCAGGUUCUAGGCUGAGCAUGCAGCCUGUUUGGGAUUCUU